GAUUUGCCCCAUGGGCCUAGGAUGUAAGCUCAACCUCUGGCCUGCAGUUCCAGAUCCAAGGUGACUAGGACAAACUGCCGGGUGCCACUGGCUUAUCAGGAUCACCUGGAGAUGGACCACAUGUCUCCCAGGCUGAGAGCCUUCCUCUCCGAACCCAUUGGAGAAAAGGAUGUCUGCUGGGUGGAUGGCAUCAGCCAUGAGCUCGCCAUCAAUUUGGUCACCAAAGGUAUCAACAAGGCUUACAUCCUGUUGGGACAAUUCCUUCUGAUGCACAAGAAUGAAGCCGAGUUUCAGAGGUGGCUCAUCUGCUGUUGUGGUGCCACUGAAUGUGAAGCCCAGCAGAGUUCUAACUGCCUCAAGGAGUGGUGUGCCUGCUUCCUGUAGACACAAACCUCGCCGCUGUCCCCCACCCCCAGGAGAAAAUAAGGCACUCUCCACCUAU